UCCAUGCAGCAGCCUCCCACGCCCCACAGCCGCCCACGCCAGGAUCUGCGUCACGUAGCCGCGUGGGAGUGAGAGAGCAAUGUAGCAAGCACGGAAUAUCCCAAUUCUGGCAGUAGGGGAGGAUACGGCGAACACUCGCUCGUAGGUUCUCAGUAUUGAAUCUUAAUACGAUCUCGAUUGACUGCGCGGAGUCUCCGGCGACUCAAUGGCAAAGAGCGGACCGACGUCUGCAUGAGCGGCGCCCGUUGAUUCGCCAAGUCUGCGUGCGUGCUGAAUAUCAUCUCCCCGUAGGAAAGCGUUACUUUUUAACUGACAGGAUAAUUAUCUACUUUUACUUCAGACUUGACACCAGUACACUAAACUCGUUGAACUCAAUUAAACAGCAAGGAGUGCGCCAACAAAAGAAACGCUGGUAUGGCAGCCACAUUGCCCCGGACCCUUGGGGAGCUGCAGCUAUACCGUAUUCUCCAGAGGUCCAACCUGCUCUGCUACUACGACGCCUUCAUACAACAGGGCGGCGACGAUGUGCAGCAGCUGUGCGAGGCCGGUGAGGAAGAGUUCCUGGAGAUCAUGGCCCUGGUAGGCAUGGCCAGCAAGCCCCUGCACGUACGGCGCCUACAGAAAGCCCUCCGGGACUGGGUCACCAACCCAGCGCUCUUCAACCAGCCCCUGGCUAGCCUCCCAGUUUGUAGCAUUCCCGUAUAUAAGUUACCAGAGGGAUCGCCCAGCCCGCUCCUUCCACGCGGAGAGCCAGCGAUAAAGACACCUAAGUGUGGCACAGCAGCUUGUGGGGAGGGUGGCGGAGGAGGCGCCGGAGGAGGAGGUGGUAAAGGAGGACAUGAGGCGGGUAACGGAAGUUCAGCCGGUGCUACAGCGUCUCCCUUACACAGCGGUGGCGAGCCCCGAUUCUGGGCCGGUCACCUGGGCGGACACGGAGGUGGAGAGAGCGAGCACAGCCUGUCACCGGCCGAGCUGGGGUCCCCGUCGUCCCCGCGCGACGGCCUGGAGGCGUUAGAUGUCGCCGCGGUGCAGUCUGUGACGGAGUGCGUGGAGAGGAUGGCGACUGGGCUGACACGGAGCGACCCCGCGGAGGUCAAGGAGCAGCUGAAGGGGAACAAGAAGCUGGGCAAGAUGAUCGGACACAUCUUCGACAUGAGCGAGGAGGACCCCAGGAGAGAGGAGGAGAUACGCAAGUACAGCGCCAUCUACGGGCGGUUUGAUUCCAAGAGGAAGGAUGGCAAGCACCUGACACUUCAUGAGCUAACAGUGAACGAGGCAGCAGCCCAGCUCUGUAUGAAGGACGUAGCCCUGCUGACACGACGAGACGAGCUCUUCGGCAUGGCACGCCAGAUCUCCAGAGAGGUCACCUACAAGUACACCUACAGGACCAGCAAAUCUCGCUGCGGUGAUGAAUCCUCUCCUAAGAGGAUCAAGACAGAGGAGGGUUUCUUCGAUAUGCAGGAGGCUCUGCAGGCCAUCUACAUGCGGCAGGAGACGCUGAGGGAGCAGCUCGCCCACGCCAGGUCAAAGGGCGAGGAGACGGCCACACGCAACAUACAGAUGCAGCUGGAGCGCCUGGUGGCUAAGCAGAUGGAGAUUCUGCAUGACGCGGCGUCUCAGGACCGGCUGCAGGCUUUGGAUUGGAGGAUCCCGACCGCCGCCCUCAAGCACACCGCCGACCGCCAGCCCAGCAACGGCGUCACCACAGCCACCGACAAGACCAGCAGCGAGACGACAGGCGAGAGACCUCUGAACCUGCGGCUGGCGAGCCAGAGGGCUGAGGGUGAGACGCCAUUGGGCAAGCAGCUAGCCAAUGAGCUGAAGAGACAUCACGCCAACACGGAGAGCAAAGCAGCAGCCACGGAGAACGGCAACGGCACAGACCACCCAUCGCAGGCCCUCAACCUGUCAGAGAAAAAGACCAUCAAAUCAGAACCCGAGGACUCCAGAUAGCACCUCCAACCUUGACCUCUGACCUCAACCUACUCCCCCCACCCCACAUCACACCCUCCUGGUACCCCAAACGUCCCCUUUUCCUGUGUCCCUCAUUCCUAAUGAACUCUGUUGUGUGUUCGUAAAUACUAAAAGGAACACAGCUAUAAAGUAGAGCCUUAACAACCAACGUUGCCUCAGAAAAAAAGACGUGAUUUUUUAUUAUUAUUAUUAUUUUAUUUUUUAUUUACUGUUUUAUUUUCUCGCCAAAGUACCUAGAGCCCUUAUUUUCUGAUCUUAGUUGACUUAGUGUUUCCUUUUUUUGUAUCAUCACUGACUUGUAUUAUUAUCAUUGACUGCGUUGUCGUCUUGUAUUCUGCACUUCCUUCGCUCCCCUCUUUCUUUGUUUUAGCUCUCUUUCUAUCUCUCCCCCGUGCUCCCUGUCCCCUAUGCGAUCGUCCUAUCUGUGCUGUAUAUACUGGAUCCUAUACGGUAAACUGUUUGUUGUUGUAUAUGAUGUUAUUUAACAUUUGUGUCAUGUGUAGGUAUGAAUAUUUGUAAUCUAAAAUGUACUUUUCACUGAGA